CCUCAACUGGUUUCUGUUAUGUUACAUUACUCCCAUAUUUUCAUAGUUGUAUGAUUUCACAUUUUUCUUACCAGCCGUCAUAACUCAAAUCCUAAAAACAUUCUAUGCGAAAAACUUUUCAGCAAAGUACCUAUUUUAAAAUAUUUGUUACUUUAAAUUAUUGCAGUUGAACAUCUAAUGGUAUUGAUUCAUGAUAUGUCAGCUAGUAUAAGGAAAUAUCCUCAAAGUGUCUAUGAUGCAAUUCAAGAUUAUUUUGUUCGUAAAGAAGAUGAAAUCUUUUCGUAUGUGCCUUAUUCUAUUUGGACAGGAUUAGCUUUUCAGGUAUCAGACGAAAAUCUUUGGCGUGUCAUCAGAGAAGACUAUGCAAAACUAUGCAGACUUUGCGCUCUAAUAAACACACAGCUUUCCUGGUUUAUUAUAACAUCAUUUUUUACAAACCUCUACCAUAUCUUAACACAAUUAUUUACGAGUUUACGCCCUAUUGAAGACACUUUUCAUAAAGUCUAUUUUUAUGUGUCUUUUUUCCUUUUAAUUCUCCGUGUCACAACUGUUUGUAUUUUUGGUGGAGCUGUUUACGACGAACACGAACAAAUCACUGGGAUUUUAACUACUGUACCAUCACCAUGCUACAAUAUUGAAGUAGAAAGAUUUGUUAUGCAUUUGUCUACAAGUGAAAUGGCAUUGAGCGGCAAAGGAUUUUUCAAAAUCACAAGGAACCUUAUAUUAAAAGUAAGUUUAUUUUAUAAAAAGUAUGCGAUUUUAUUUUCUUUAUCAAAAUUUCAGGUUAUGAGCGCCAUUGUAACUUACGAAUUAGUUUUAAUUCAAUUUAAUCAACAAGAGUUUAAAACCAAGGAUUUGUAACCUAUUUUGUGCUCAAUGAACGAAAAAGGAGAAAAAAUAUUUCAAAUUUAUAUAAAAAUUUAACUUAUGCUACAUGCUACUAAAAGUAUCAAUAAUCUAUAAAAUAUAAUAUGUCACGUCUGUCCAAAACGAACUGUAUAUUUUUAAAAUCUGUCCAACAAGCCUGCGGAUUAGUAAAACAACCUACCCAUCUGGAGGUUCGUUACUACUGGUCAAUUUUCAGCCUGAUUUACACCUUAGAGUAAUGGGUGGUCAUACAUUUUAAAAUAAUUGGCAUAACUCAGAAUAUAAAUUUUCAGUUCUGUGGAGUAUGUAAAUCAAAUCAAAUCAAAUUGUAUUUAUGUGAAUUACAUAAUAUAGUGUUUACACAUGUCAGACAAAAAAUAAUAUAAAGUACUUAGUGAUAACAUCAGUAGACUAACAAUUGAGAUUUGUCACAAUAGUAACAUUAGCCAAUAGGGCUUGCUAAAAGGAUUAAAAACUGCUAAAAUAAUUGAACAUGACAUAACUAUUACAAGUGAACAUCAAACAAACUCUACAACACUAUCUGAAUAUGUAUAAGAAAACAAUAAGCACAAAAAAUAGUUAAAAAAAAAAAUUAAUUAUUAAAAUUGUUGUAUGGCAUUUUUAAACGUGUCCAGUUGCAAUGUUCACCCUGGAGUUAUACUUAACCUGGGGGUGACUUGCUAUUAAAAAACCGGCGCAUAAUAGAGCAGGACUUGUGAAGGUUGGGAGUGGUGCGAUGCUAAAUGUCUUGUGUUUAAUUUUGAAAGCCAAACAUUCUUUAAUUCAAGUGCUCCCUUGUUGGCAUCGCACUCUGCAAGCAUAGUCUGGAAGAGACAGAUGCAAGAUAUGCAGAAAACUGUUGGAGAUACAUCUGCUUAUAAUAAUAGAAAUAAUAAAAAAUUCGAUACAAAAGUUUUAAAAUAUUUUUGUUAAUUUGUAGUUAUUGAUUCUGUAAAUUAAUGUCGAGCUUUUUUUGAAUUGAAUUGAAUUAAACCAACUUCGCCAUAUUUACUCCGUAGGUUCGUUGGACAAAGUUAACUUAGCUAUUAUAGGAAGAUAAUCAAAAUAUGACAUUUAAAAACAAAUUAUUUGUAAGCAAUAUUUCUGGAUUUAUGUGACACAUAGUUUGAAGCAGUUCAAUAAGUAUCAAGCUCACUUAAAAGUACAACAAAAAGCAAUAAAAAUACCCAAUUUCUUAUGGAUCAUCGACAGCUGGCAACCAAAAAGCCAUAUUUGUACAGGCAGAAGCCAACAUCAUAUAUUUAGGAUUAAAUUGGACACAUUGCACUGGUCCAGGAUGAUCUGCAUUCAAAACGCAAACUUUAUAACCAGUGUCCGCGUUCCAAACGUGGACACGACCAUCUGUGGAACCACUGAAGAUAAAUUGAGAGUCUGGACUGAAGCAUGCUUCUAUUGGUAUGCCU